GCCAGGGAUUUGACCUGAAAGGGCUCGUCCCACGUGGACUUAUUCUCAGCCCUUUAAUGGCUGGCUUUUUCCAAAGGUCGCCAAUCCGCUAGGAGUUGUUAGUUAGUGGCAGCCUCUUCUGCCAAUUGUCCCUCAGAAGUAGGAUCCCGCUGUCCAAUAGUGGUCCGCUGGUAGGCGGGCCUGGCACUUGCACGGUGACAAAGCUCUAUGGCGCGCUCCAUUGGCCGGAUCAAACCCAAGCGAGGCUCUAAUUGGCCAGUGCUUCCGGAGGGUUGCAAUUCAAACGCGGGCGGGUGGGCCCGAAUCCCUGCAGUUGCAGUCGUGUUCUCUUGAGUUCCUGUCCUACUGCCAGCGCCGCCCGUAUGGCCUCCCAGAACCGCGACCCAGCCGCCGCCAGCGUCACCGCCCCCCGGAAAGGAGCUGAGCCCAGCGGAGGCGCCGCCCGAGGCCCCGUGGGCAAGAGGCUACAGCAGGAACUGAUGACCCUCAUGAUGUCUGGCGACAAAGGAAUUUCUGCCUUCCCUGAAUCAGACAACCUUUUCAAAUGGGUGGGGACCAUCUAUGGAGCAGCUGGCACAGUAUACGAAGACCUGAGGUAUAAGCUCUCUCUGGAGUUCCCCAGUGGCUACCCUUAUAAUGCGCCCACGGUGAGGUUCCUCACACCCUGCUACCACCCCAACGUGGACACCCAGGGUAACAUCUGCCUGGACAUCCUGAAGGACAAGUGGUCUGCCCUGUAUGAUGUCAGGACCAUCCUGCUCUCCAUCCAGAGCCUGCUCGGAGAGCCCAACAUUGACAGCCCUUUGAACACACAUGCUGCCGAGCUCUGGAAAAACCCCACAGCCUUUAAGGAGUACCUUCAAGAAACCUACUCAAAGCAGGUCUCCAGCCAAGAACCCUGACUGUCCAGCCUCUCUCCUGUGUUGUCUUUUUAUUUUUUCCUUAGAUGGUCUGUCCUUUCCCUGAUUUCUCUAUAGAACUCUGUAUCUUAAGCUGUGGUGUCAUUUUUGUUUUGUUUGUUUUUUAAAUUAAGUCUCUGGUUGAGCCCUUGUGAAUAUAGUAAAUAAAUACAUUUUGGGUUUUUUA